AUGGUGCCUCUUCGCACUAGCCUCGACCUUGAUGGAACUCCCUCGAUCCUUUGUGAAAAACACCAGAACCAUCUAGCAAUGGAAGACUCGAGCAAGAAGCCCGUGGUUUGUCAAAACCAACCACUUGAAAUCAAAACGCAAACCAUCGAUAUGCUAGAUCUACACCCCGCAACCACUGAGGAGAUGAUCAAUAUAUUCCGCCAGAAGGGAACUGACUACCAAACCUGGAUCAAUUCCCCAGAAGACACCAACUGCCACAGAAAAUGUGUCGUUUCGCCAUCCACAAUAAAAAUGCACCAACUGAUACGACCUUCUGACCCCAGGAACCGAUGGGACGCGUAUUGCAACCAGUGGGUUGGUGCACCCGAGGAAAUCGGCGAUCCUCGUCCUCUCAAUCUCCCCACUGGACUGGAUUACCACAAGCUAUUUCUUCGCAAGCUCGGAGUCGAUAAAGAUGGUUCCCUAGGUUGGAACAAAUACCACGGACGUGUGGCACAUACUGCUAUCUUUGCCGACAACAAUGUCAGACUUGAUGGUCCUCAGUGGUCGGAAAUCGCUCAGGCUCACUACAAAGCUUUUUUUGAUAUCAAUUCUUUGAAACAUGUCUUUCGUAUGACGGUCGUCAAUGAGGAGACUCAUAUCUUCAUGGAUAAGGUGCUUUAUCCGAGAUAUGGACUUGAAAUUGCUAGUGAUACUGAAGUGAGGACAUGGCUGCAUGAUACUAUUGAUUAUCGAGAAAUCAUGGGGACAUCGUUGGGGAAAGCUGUCGGCGCCCUUGUCUUGGGUGCUUUCCCUAGAGGUACACGUCGCAUUGUGCAAAUUCUUACUUGGCAGUAUGAAGGAGACUUGCAGAUGCGAUUUGAUAUCUCACGGCUUCCCAUGAGCAAACACUGA